GCAGUGUUCAACCUUUUGGGGGAAAGAGAAGCUGAACAGCAAGGCAGAAUGAGCAGAGACAUACAGUUGCAGACAGACUGACUGACUCCUUCAGCUGCUGAACUGAGUGGAAGCGCAUUUUCCCUGCUAAUUGCUGGAUGUCUGAGUACUUCAUCUAACAUGAAGGUGCUGGGGAUUUUUUUGUUGCUGGAGGUUUCAGGCUUCUUUCCCAUUUUUUCCAGCCGUUCCCGUCCAGUCAAUUGCCGUUGGAAUUCUUUUGGCCCUUGGUCCGAGUGUGAUGGCUGUACCCAAAAACAGAUUCGGAGGCGGACAGUAGCGGUUUAUGGGCAGUAUGGGGGAAACCCCUGCUCUGGUGAUGCCUUUGAAACAAGACCCUGCACCCCAACAAGGGGAUGCCCAACAGAGGAUGGCUGUGGCGAUCGGUUCAGAUGCUCUUCAGGUCAGUGUAUUAGCAGAUCUCUAGUGUGCAAUGGAGAUCAGGAUUGCGAAGAAGAUGGUGCUGAUGAAGAUCAAUGUGAAGAGAAGAUGACUGUAUGUGAUACUGAUAAAACACCUCCAAAUUCAGAACUUACAGGAAAAGGCUUUGAUGCAGUCACUGGAGAGUCUAGGGGAAGAGUUAUUCAUACAAAAAACUUUGGAGGACAAUGCAGAAAAGUCUUCAGUGGGGAUGGGAGAGAAUACUACAGGCUGAGUGAAAGUGUUCUUGCUUACACCUUCCAGGUUAAAAUUCAGAAUGAUUUCAGUUAUGAAUUUUUCAACAGUAGCUGGUCAUAUAUGAAGCACACGGAAAAGAAGAAAAAAUCAAACAGUGGACACAGUUAUUCAGAGAAGAAAAAUGAGCAACAGAGUCAUAAGAGUAGACAGCUGAUGGUUGUUGAAAACACUGUGGAAGUUGCUCAAUUUAUUAACAACAACCCAGAGUUUCUCACUCUUGCGGAACCAUUCUGGAAGGAGCUCGCCAACCUUCCAGUUUUCUAUGAAUAUAAUGCCUACCGAAGAUUUAUUGAGAAUUUUGGGACUCAUUUCUUACAUUCUGGAUCUCUAGGAGGACAAUACAAAGUUAUAUUUUAUAUGGAUACUGACAAAAUGAAAGCAGAAGAUAUGAGCAUAACAGAUAUGUAUCAGUGCACCACAUCAGGCUGGAAUUUAUUCAUCGUGAAGAAGAAGAAAACAAAGUGCUCUAAGCUGGAUGAACUGCUACAGACUUCUUCAGGAAGCAACAGCAAUAAGAUCAGAGGAGAUCCCUACAUAGAAGGUGGAAGCCCAAGUGCUGUUGCUGGCCUUAGCUAUCUAGACCUGGAUGAUCCUGCUGGGAACAACCAGAGAUACUCCUCUUGGGCCAGAUCUGUGACAGACUACCCCAGAGUAAUUAAACAAAAGCUAACACCAUUGUAUGAGCUGGUAAAGGAAGUGCCCUGCUCCUCAGUCAAAAAGCAUUACCUAAAACAAUCCAUUGAAGAAUAUAUGGCUGAAAAUGAUCCCUGCAAAUGUCAGCCAUGCCAGAAUGGGGGUGAGGCAGCUGUGGAAGGAACUCAGUGCACUUGCUACUGCAAGCCUUACACCUUUGGAGCAGCUUGUGAGCUGGGAACUCUUGUGCAAGAUCAGCCAGGUAUUGUUGAUGGGCGCUGGAGCUGCUGGUCUUCCUGGAGCUCUUGUUCAGGGGAAAGGAAAACCAGGAGCAGAAUUUGCAACAACCCCUCCCCAAGUGGUGGAGGGAAGGACUGCAUAGGAGAGCAGCAUGAGAGCAGGCCCUGCGAGGAUGAAGAGCUGCAGCACUUUCGUUUUAUUGAGCCACACUGUUUUGAUACAUCCAUAACUCCUACAGAAUUCUGUUCACCUCCUCCUCUCUUGGCAAAUGGAUUUGUUCAAAAUGCUGAAAAUUCAUAUCCUGUUGGGAAAAGUAUUGUUUAUGCUUGCAGACAUGGAUAUUCUCUUAUUGGUAAUCCUGUUGCUAAGUGUGGCAGUGAUUUGGAGUGGCAGGGUGCAGACAGAUAUUGUCAGGAAACUGCUUGCCUCCUGCCUCUCCUGGAGGGGGGGCUGCAAGGAGAGCCAUGGAAACCUUCGUAUGAGAUUGGUGAGAGAAUAACUCUGUCCUGUUCACAUGGCAUGCAUCUAGAAGGGGCACGCUCCAUUUUGUGUGAACCCAGUCUCAAGUGGACUCCUGAUAUGAAAACCAUCCAGUGCAAAAAGGCAGUUCCCAGUGUGAAACCAGAAGUGACAGAGCCUAAAUGUCAGCCAUGGGAGAAAGUGCAGCAGUCGCAAUGUGUAUGCAAAUUGCCCUAUGAGUGUGGUCCUUCCCUGGACAUCUGUGCCACAGAUCCAAGAACAGAGAGAAACACACCAUUAACUGUUUGCAAGAUGUAUGCCUUAGAGUGCAUGGGUAGAAAAUAUUCUCUUACUAAUGCAGCAAACUGCAGAACACCUCAGGCAGCUGAGAGAUCUUGUGGGUCAUGCCGCUCGUGGGAAAAAUGUGAAGUGAUGAUGGCCCUGUGCCGGUGCAGCACCUCCAACCGUUCCAGCAGCACAGGGCACAACACUACUGCUGAGUGGAUUCAAGCCAUUCAACCAGGGUUUGGUGUCUGAGUAUGGCAGGAAGAAAAAGAAACCCCGUGGGGGAGAGUAACCGAGUGACAGGUUCUACAGGAAAAGCUUACACCUACUCCCUCCUCAAUGAGUUACCUGAUUUGAUGUUCCUUGGGAAGUUGUGCAUGAAGCUUUUGCCUUACUCUUUUCUCACUGUUUUAAGUUCCUCAACUCAAUAACUGCAGGAGUCUUUGCUGCCCUAAAGAACAGCCAGGCUUUUCCUGGAAUUGGAUGAGCUGUCUUCCCAGCUGUAUCCUGUGGCAAGGAAUUGAAUAUUUCAUUCUGUACCACCUAGAAAGGAUACUUGUUUUUGUUCGUACUUUGCUGCAUAUCCCCAGUUUCUCAUAUUGUGAGCAAAGGUGAAGGAAUAUUCCCCUAGAGGAAAGAGGCUCAGUCUUUUGCAAGCUAUGCUCAGUGGAAGUUCUCAAAUUCCCUGAUUUAAUUUCCCUGAGUGUCCUCCAUUACAGUGCAUUUAAUAGAGGGCUGGCAGAAAUGGAAAGAUAAAGGAGUAAAUUAUGUUUUCAGAAGUGCCCCAGAUAGAAGGCACAGUUAUUGUCAUAUUCUUACAGUAAAAAAGAUUGCUUGAUAGGAAUUUGUCUGUUUUGUCUACCAACUCUGAACAGACCAAAAAAAAAAAAAAAAAAAAAAAAAAAUUGGAUGGAGCUUAAGCAGAGAUAAACAUACCACACUGAAACAAAGACAUGGUUGUGAAAAGUAAACCUCCUCACAUGAUUAUUUAGAUGUUGGCACUGAUACAACUAUGCACAUUCAUUUGUAGGAGCAAAUCCUUCUGUUAUGGUGACACUGCCUAUGAGUAAGUAAAAAUUCAAGUUGUGUAUGCCUGACUGGUUUGUUGCUUUCCAAGGACAGACCUCUCGUUGCACAGGGUAUCUGGAAUCCAGAGCAGUACGUUCACAAACUGGUGUUAGCAGGCUUUCAGCAGUAACAUCAGAGAUGUCCCUGAGGCAGCAAGCCGUACAGCUGAUGAAGCUUUCCCACAAGCACAGCCGAGCUAGCUGAGGAAGGCCUGCUGUCGGCACUGAGCUCCUGUUGCAGCCAGCACCACCUGUUGGUGCUUCUAGUUAUUCCGUCAGACAUGAAUGCCAGCUCGUGCUACAGCUGGCUGAGAAGAGCACCCUCUGCACACCGCUGUUACUCCCAGUAACAUUUUGCUAGGAAUGCUUUGGUUUGCUUUGCACUGAGUCAGGUGCCUAUGUGCCUUUUCCUCUGUGCCCUUGCUCAGCGCAAUCCAACAGCUGUGUGUGUGACGAAGAUGCGCCGUGCGAGGAGGGCGGCAUCCAGGUCUGUGCUGCCCUGAGCGACUUCACUGCCCGCC